CCCCAUCUUCUUCACACCGUCGCGCCGUGAAGUGGAUGUUUUGGUGAAAAAAUACGCUGUCGAAAAGAGACGUAAACACGUUUAAAACAUGACAUUUCGACCGAGUGGGACCUAAAGCAUUUUAGUCGAGGGGAAGAGGGGCGUCUUCAGCCACGGUUUCGCUGUAUCUGUAUAUCUUAUUCUUCCGCAUGUCCGCUUUCUUCGUAGAUGGUCUCCGGCGAGCGUUGUCUGGCGGUGGACGACGAGUUCUCGACGAAUAAUAUGAAGGAGAUGAUCGGUGGUUGUUGUGUUUGCUCAGACGAGAGAGGCUGGGCGGAAAACCCGCUUGUCUACUGCGACGGACAUGGCUGCAACGUCGCCGUGCAUCAGGCCUGCUAUGGCAUCGUUCAGGUGCCCACUGGUCCUUGGUUCUGCAGAAAAUGUGAAUCUCAGGAGAGAGCAGCCCGCGUGAGAUGUGAGCUGUGUCCCCACAAAGAUGGAGCCCUCAAGAGGACCGAUAACGGAGGCUGGGCCCAUGUAGUCUGUGCCCUAUAUAUACCUGAGGUGGAAUUCGCCAACGUCUCAACUAUGGAGCCCAUAGUACUCCAGUCUGUGCCUCAUGAGCGCUACAACAAGACAUGUUACAUCUGUGAGGACCAGGGCAGAGAGAGUAAAGCAGCCACUGGAGCCUGUAUGACCUGCAACAAACAUGGCUGCAGGCAGGCCUUCCAUGUCACAUGUGCCCAGUUUGCGGGGUUGUUAUGUGAGGAACAAGGAUCGGACGCAGACAAUGUCAAGUACUGUGGAUAUUGCAAAUACCACCACAGCAAGUUGCGAAGGAGCAGGGGCCGUGGUAGUAGGUCUCAAAGCUUAAGUGACUCUUCCACUCAGUGUAUGGAUAGACCCCCAGACGAGGACAAGAAGAAACACAAAGAGCGGGACAGGCACAAACCCAAACACAAGAAGACUAUGGACAUGUCGCCCUCCCUCGUCCUUCCAAACAUCAUGGUCCCAGACAAGACCUACAACAGCAGCAGCUCAGGGGGGGGAGUCACCUCUCUGCCGACACCCUCACAGAAACGACUGGACGACGGCAGCGCCCGUUUCACCAACGCCAACUUUCAGGAAGUGUCGUCUGCUCACUCCGGCAGCAGUUCCAAAGACGGCUUGGCUGCAGACGCUGGGAAGGCAUCGUCUGAGGUGAAGAACAAGAAGAACAGUGGCGGAAGUCAUGCGGUGGGACAGCGGGGCGGCCGCAAGUCUCUCACCUCCUCAGGGAAGCCCCUCCCUUCCACCGUGGUCACCAUGGCAACCUCCUCCACAUCUGCCUCUGCUUCCACUGGGCCUUUCCACCAAGGCCUCCUGUUGACCAGUGCCAGCAAGAUGCCUUCUGUUCCUUCCUCCUCAGACUUCCUCAGCUUCUCAGAUUCAUCGUUGCGUCCAGGAAGCGGGACUACAUUCUCCUCGCCGCCAUCUUUUAGCAGCUGCCUUCUGAAGCCAAGCUCGGAGGGCGGAGCUUCAGAGGGAACUACGACACUCUUCGGGUCUCUGAUGUCUGCCACCACAGCUUCUGCAGUGGGCGGGAAGCUGUAUGAGAAUUCCCACAGUCACGCAGCCAGUGAGACGACAAGCCUCGGUGGGUCCGCUGGCUACAAACGGCCCCAGCCCUCCAGCUCAGGGCCGGGGAUCGGAGGAGCAGCAGCAGGAGGAGGGGAAGAUGGGGGGAAGAAGAAAAAGAAAGGCAACUGGCGAAACAGAUUUGGACCUUGCUUCACCACAGAUGUGAAGCCUUCAGAGCCUGCUCCCUCCCUGACUGUCUCCACCUCCUCCACGGCCAGCACCUCCUCCUCCUCCACUGCCUCCCUGUCUUCCUCCUCCUCAUCUUCGGUGCUCUCAGGCCGGCAGGGCUUAGUAUCCAGCAGUGGAUUAGGAGUGGGAGUUGGGGGAGGAGGGGGAGGAGUAGAGAGGGGGCUGGGGGUCAUGGGUGUCAGCAGUGGGAUUCAAAAAUCCCCGUCACUCCUCAGGAAUGGAAGUCUACAAACCAACAGUGGCUCCGCCCCUUCUGGGCCAGGUGUCUUCUCUGGUGCUGAUGGGUCAUCAUCGGGGACAGGACCCGUCGCCGUGGGCGGAGCCAGCUCCGAGUUGUCCCAGCAACAGCAGCCCACGCCUUCACUAGCUCCGCCUUCUCCAUUCACUGCCACCGCACCGCUAACCAGCACAGCCUCCACACACGUGAGCGGCCUGCCAGGAUCCGUCUUCAACCUCGCGCCCUCCCACAUGUUCGGUAACAGACUGAACCCCAACUCGGCCAUGGCGGCUCUCAUCGCCCAGUCCGAGGCCUCACCAGCAGAUCAGGAGGUGGGAGACGGCGGCGUCGGAGCUCAGGGCUUCUCCAGAAGAGCUUCUCCUAAGACCACCCCGCGCUCUCCCAUUGGUGGCCUGCAGAUCCGCUAUGACUCCUCGGGGUCGUUGCCGGGGCCGGGGCUGGGGUUGCUAGGGGCGGGGGCAGGCGGCGGGGAGACGGUGCCCCCGGUGGCCACCAGCAUAGAGCAGCUCCUGGAGAGGCAGUGGAACGAGGGGCAGAACUUCCUGCUGCAGCAGGGAGCGCAGGGAGAUGUGGUGGGCAUGUUGAAGUCCCUCCACCAGCUGCAGGAGGAGAACAGGAGGCUGGAGGAGCAGAUUAAAACUCUGACCAUGAAGAAGGAGAGACUGCAGCUUCUCAGCGCUCAGCUAUCAGUGCCUUUCACCCCCUCCACCACCUCCUCUGAUGUGAAAGGGUCUCACCUGGGAGUCACUGACUCGUCGUUACCUGUGGCAGCUCAGGACAGUGUGUCAUGUGGCGGCCACAGCAGUAGUGGCUCCACCUCGUCCCUCUCCACCCCUCCCUCCGUCUCCCAGAGCCCUCCCCAGCCGCAGCUGAACGGCGUUGCUGCUGUGGGAGUGGCCCCCACCGGUCUGGGCGGGGUGGCGGGGCUGAUGGGCGCUCUGGGUGCAGGGAGCGCGCUGGGCAUGGGGGGGAUUGUCGGGGCGCUGAACGGGGUGAUCCAGACGCCGACGGGCACCGCCAGCCCUCACCCACACACUACAGGAGCAGCUACAGGCGUCACGUUACCCGUUAAUAACAGCUCAGCAACUAGUAAGAACAGCGCCGCACGGCUCGGCCUGCUGUCUGAGCAGCACAGACUCCUCCUGCAGCAGCAUCAGCUCCAGCAGCUGCUGUCCUCGCAGCCUUCAGCGGAGCAGCAGCAGGUGUUGCUCUACCAACUGAUGCAGCAGCAGCAGGACCUCCAGCAGCUGCAGUCCCUCUCCUCCUCUGCCCAGAUUCCCUCCAUCCCGCUCUCCUCCGCUCAGCUGCCCAUCAACAACCUGCUGCCCAGCGCCCAGAGCCAGGGCCAAAGCGCCAUCACCGCCAACCCCUUCCUGGCGCUGCAGCAUGCACAUGCUGACACACACGCCUCGGGGGCACAGAAGCCGCGGCUUACCGAGAAGGCGGUGGGCGUCGCAGGGCAGGAGAAGACAUGACGGCAGAUGCUCUGUUUGGAUUUUUUUGUUGUUGUGAUCUUUUUUUGUUUUAAAUAAAUAUGCAGAGUUUUGGGGAGAUCUGCCUCUUGGUCAGCGUUGUAGUUCAGCGAUGAGAUCACUGGCAGCAGAGAAAUCUGUGUUCCUGGAACAUUAGUCUUUUCAGUUGCCUGCGCUAGUACGUUAGCGCACGCUAAGGUGAGUGAUAGCAUUUAUUUGCAGUCACUAAGUCACUUUGGUUGACUUUUUCCGGGUUUAUUUUUUCAACUCUUUCAGGUCACAGUCUUUACACAGCGUUUUGUGUCGAUCUUUUCUAUUUAUUUCCAACUGGUUUUAGUUGUUUUUUUUUGUUUUGUUUUUUUAAGUUUUAGGUUUAGUGCCGCUUCAGGUUCUUAUUUUGUCAAUGAUUUGAUUUUCAUUCGGUAUCACUGGUAGCAACGUAGCAUGUUAGCGUCAGUAAAUAAGCACAUGUUGUGUCCGUUCUCCCAGCAGCUCAGCUUUUCCUUUAAUUAGUUUCUCUCAGUAUUUUCCUCUCUGAUCUCAUCCUUCUCCUUUCUCUUCACGUUUAGUCUUUCCCUCGUUGCUGUGUCAUAUGUUUUGCAUCAUUUGCCGUCUUUUCCCGCGUUUCGCUCUCGCUGCUUCCCCUUCCUGCACGCUCAGCAUCCCUCUCGGUCAGGUCUCUCUGCUGUCUCACUCUCUCAGGGGCCUCAGCUAUCAGAGCUGUGCACUCGGCACGCAAACUAGCACACACAGAACUACAAGCGUAAAAUGAAAAAUAGCAGAAAUACAUAUACAUAUAAAAAAAUAUGAAUAAAUAUACUACAGUUCCCUACCACAGGACUUAACAGUAGCAGAUGUAUGUCUGACAUCUGUCUCGCAGCGGUCUCAAAGGGAAUACUGAGCGAGAGGCUUGUGGAAAUAUCCCACAUGUUCUUGCUGUUGCCUCUCUGCUCGUGUCUCCUUCCCUCCGUUUGUGCAGAUCCAUUAAUGUCAGUGAGCCAAUCCUCGUACGGUCACCGCAGAAGCCUUGCUUUCGACUGUCUGUUCUCUGGGCCAGACGCAGGGGGCUCACUCAGGGAAGUGAAAUGUGAAAAAAGAGAAACAGCCAGUUGAAUGUUCAGAGGGAUGCAUUAAUCCACUCAGCACGCACUGACGGAGAGAGAUUAUGCAUUUGGUUGUCAGCGCAUGGAAGUCAUUACAUUUCAUCCUCCUGAUUGAGCCCCCCGCUGCACCUACCUCUCGAGCAGGACCUAAAAGGCCGACAGCAGCGGCCGCUUAAAAAAUAAAUAAAUAAAUAAAUAAAAACAACCCACAGCAGUCAGGACUGGCCUAUCAGGGUCCAAACCCAAGUGCCUGAGGCCAAGGGCGGAAAGCGGGAUUUACUUUCCUUUCACCCGUGUCCCUGUCACUCAGCCCAGUCCUUAACAACUCGUAAUGAAGCUACAAAAGAUUUACAAAAAGACUUGUUAACGUCAGUCUGGACGUCUCUUUAAUAAAACCAGGAAAUAUUAUUCUGCUGCAUUCUCUAAUAUCAAAGCCAACUUUUUAUUGCGCUUUUUAUUUAUUGGGAGUUUUGUUUGUGUAACGGGCAUAAGAUGAUAUAUUUUAAAAACCUGCUGGUGUUGCAAUUAAACAUCAUUUUGUACUACUGUGUAAAGUUUUGUUUGUCCUUUUGUUUUUCUCAUACAGUCGAAUCUUGCUGUAAGCCCUUUUAAUGACUUCUGUGUUGUGUUUGAAAGCUCGAAGCGGCUUGUUAGUUGGCUGAUGGGGGCCAGGGUGUGGCUGUAUAUAGCUGUUUGUAGGGGGGCAGGAAGUGUGUCCGGGGGGGGGUGCGUUCAGUGGCACAGUUUUUACCUCGUUAAGUGUACAUAGACCUUUUCUCUUUGGCCGUUGGUGUAUAUAAGUGAUUGUGAUUGGCCGUGCUGGUGUGAAGGAAAGCCAAUGAAGCCUCAGUUUGUGUGUGUGAAUCUUUUUAAGACCAGACAAAAAAGGUUGACAGUGACUGGACACACAAAGUAUUAAUUUAUUUUUAUAUGUUCAGGGACAUUGUGUUUCUUUUUUAAGUUUUGCACCGUUUUUUCUUGAUGAGAAGUCAUUUUAUACUUGGGGCACCGUGUUUUCAUCUGUGCACACCUUUGUUUAGAUCAGUUUUGUACAAGUGGAACAUAAUGGGUGAGGAGGGGGAAGAUUUGACAUUGUAUUUCAAACACCAAAAUAAAGAAACACUAUGGAUAAAGUAA